AUGCCUUUACCCAGAGAUGAGAUGGGUGAGCCUCCUCUCAGCCACACUCCUAUCCCGAUCCCGGCCUACUUCCACCAAGCAGAGGAGAGCUUCUCACUGAAGAAGAGGGGCCGCUCACUCUGCUACACCCUCCCACCACGUCCUCCGGUGAAGAGCGGGGCCUCCAUCAGCCGACUCUUCCCCAACAAACAGCGAUCAUGGAGCCAGCCUCGUCCCCAGAGCGUGUCCUUCCGAAGCCCUCAACCCAAGGAACCCGACAGUCAACUGUACGACCACAGCAAGGGAGAGACCUUCUUCAAGCAGUGCUUCCAGAGUGUCUGCAAAUUGGGCCGGGGCUCCUUUGGAGAAGUGUAUAAGGUGCGAAGUCGGGAGGACGGAUGUUUUUAUGCCGUGAAGCGCUCGGUAUCUCCGUUUCGGGGCGAGUCUGACCGCCAUCGUAAGCUGGAAGAAGUGAGAAAACACGAGCGCGUGGGGGAGAGCACCCCAAUUGCUUGCGCUUUGUGCGUGCCUGGGAGGAGAAACGCAUGUUGUAUCUACAGACGGAGCUGUGCGUGGGGAGCCUGCAGCAACAUUCUGAGGAUUUCGGUGCUCCUCUGCCCUCCCGACAAGUGUGGGACAUCACAUGUGACCUCCUGCGGGGGCUGAAACAUCUCCAUGACCGCAACCUGCUGCACCUGGACAUCAAACCUGCCAACGUCUUCAUCUCCUUCUCCGGGGUCUACAAGUUGGGGGACUUUGGGCUGAUGGUGGAACUGGACGGUGCAGAGGGGAGCAGGGAUGCUCAGGAGGGGGACCCUCGGUAUAUGUCUCCAGAACUGCUGGAUGGGGUCUUCACUAAAGCAGCCGACGUGUUUAGUCUCGGCAUGUCGCUGCUGGAGGUCGCCUGUAAUAUGGAACUCCCGAAGGGAGGGGAGAGCUGGCAGCAGCUACGACGGGGUCAUCUUCCCACAGAGUUCACUUUACAAUUACCGCAGGAUUUCCUGAAGGUUCUGGGCGGCAUGCUGGAGCCGGACUAUCGCUGUCGGGCCACCGUGGACUGGCUGCUCUCCCUUCCUGCGAUUAUUAGGGCUGAGCGAUGGAGGAAAGCCACUCUGACUACCAAAAAUAUGCUUUCCAAAAUAUUUGUCGUCUUCCAGUUUCUCAUGUGGCUCGUGUCAGUGGUGUUCCACGGCUUGAAGCGCCCGGUGAGGUGGCUGUGGCGAUGGGGGAGGGGUAUUCCUCUGUUGCAGUCCCUGCCUUCUUCUCCUUCGCCCAACCUGCUUGCUGAGAGCAGCCUGUCCAGUGACUGGGAUGAGGACAGCUUUGGGGAAGAUGUGUUUGAUGUUCCGCCCAGCCCACUAGGCAUCGUCCAGAGGCUCUCCUAUGAUGGACUGGAGUUCCCUCUCAGAAAUUCUCCAGAGCUGAUGUCACGGCCAUCCCUGGGCAGCACAUCGACCCCUUGCAACAAGUCUCCUGAUUACAGCACAAGGAAGAGGUCGGCGCUGACCCUGACCCCGAACAUCAGCCGUAUCAGCCAGGAUUCUUCGCUCAGUGUGAAGUCGGUCAGUCCGGACAGCAGCGGCAGCUCCUCGGGAUUCAUAGACACUGAAGGGCCCCGCUCUGGAUUUCUUCCCCGCAAUCUGCUCACUAUGUUCGAUGAGACGUUGGAUAAAUAA